AUGUCUCUUUAUCAUGAAGCGGCUGAGAUUCUGACAGGAUCUUCGUCCGAAGGAGGAAGUCUCAAGUCCCGUGUCUUUAAGAAGAAGGGCCUCAAAUCUCCCCCAAACCAGGUCUACGCCUUAGUACUGGAAAGCUGCAAAUGGAGUCCCAUUCUAAAAGAAGUGAUUGAGAAAUCAGAACUUCUCAAAUUGGAGCGAAAGCUUACUCCGACAUUGGCAUUGCUUCUUGUUCAUGACCUUCUACUGGCUAAGAAGGGUAUUGCGCUUGCACAAAACCAUGGGCUGCGUGCAUCCAUUGAAAGGCACAAAGCACGGAUCAGCUCAGAAUUUAAGCUUGCGCGACUUCGCAGAAAGGUGCCGACUCUGGAGGCUCUCACGGAGCAAGUUGAGAGGCAAUGUGCAGGCGAGGAGGCAAACUAUCCUAGAUGGGUUCGCGUCAAUGCUGUUCUGAGUACUCUGGAAGAACAGCUUGAAACCACUUUCUCGAGAUACACCAGAGCUGGAUCCAUCAAGGAGAUCGUCACCAAUGCUGGGAGAAAUAUCUACAUUGAUCCUCACGUGCCAAACCUUGUUGCGAUCACUCCAGGGAUCAAUCUUACUAAAACAGAAGCCUAUACCUCUGGCAAAAUCAUUCUUCAAGAUAAAGCUUCUUGCUUCCCCGCCUACCUUUUGGAUCCGAGAUCAGAAGACGGGGAUUUGAUCGACGCAUGCUCCGCUCCCGGCAAUAAAACAACACAUCUGGCAGCUAUUGUCAAGGAACACACGCCCGAAUUUGAUUCACCAAAGCAAACUAUCUAUGCAUUUGAGAAAGAUUCUAGACGAGCGCAGGUUCUUCACAAGAUGGUCAAGAUAGCAGGCUCUCAACCUGUGACACAGAUUGGCUUUGGUCAAGACUUCUUGCAGGUGAACCCUACAGAUGGUAAAUACAAGUCAGUCGGAGCAUUGCUCUUGGAUCCUAGUUGUUCAGGAAGUGGCAUUGUGGGACUGGAUUCGAUGCCCGAUCUUCAUUUACCGGAACCCUACAGCGGUAACGGGAAAACGCCGUCAACAAAACCAAACAAUCGCAAAAGGAAACAUGAGAAGGUCGAGCCCGCUCCUGAGAAUGUCAUGAUAGAUGACGAUGGUAACGAAACAGCGAUCAAAUCGGAAAAGGACCUAGAAGCACGCCUUGAAGCGUUGUCAUCCUUCCAACUGACACUCCUUUUGCACGCUUUCCGCUUCCCUUCGGCAAAGAAGAUCACAUACUCAACUUGUUCUAUUCACAAGCAAGAAAACGAGAGUGUUGUUAUGAAAGCUCUUCAGUCCGAUGUUGCCAAGCGAAGAGGUUGGCGCGCUCUUUUACGACAAGAUCAAGUUUCCGGCAUGAGAGAAUGGCCUGUUCGUGGAUUGCCUGAAGCAUGUGAAGGCGAUGAAGAUAUAGCAGAAGCCUGCAUUCGCUCUUUCAAGGAUGAUGGACAAGGCGUCAUGGGAUUCUUUGUCGCUGGUUUCGUGAGGUCUGGCGAACAAGACGAAGCUGCUGCUGACGACGAAGGUCCUUACGUGCGAGACGAUAGUGGUGCUAUCGUUCGUGAUAUGAUUGGCAUGCCUGUUCUGAAGUCAACUGGCGAGCCUGUUACCUUAUCUCCAAAAGAGGAAAAGAGAAAUACCAAGAAGGAAGAGAAGGAGAGCAGCGAAGAGGACGAGUCUGCAAGUGAGGAUGAGAGCAGUGACGAGGACGAAUGGGAUGGUUUCGAAGAUUGA